ACAUUUGUAGUAGUUUUUCAUUUGUUAAUUUACUUAGAAGUUCGUAAUUAUUGUGGAAUAUGACUCGUCACGCACGUAAUUGCACUGCCGGUGCCGUUUACACUUACAACGAGAAGAAACGCGAUGCUGCCGAAUCUGGAUAUGGAACAAAUGCCAAGCGUCUUGGCAAAGAUUCAAUCAAAUCCUUCGAUUGUUGCUCGCUGACUCUGCAGCCUUGCAGGAAUCCUGUGGUAACCAAAGAUGGUUACCUCUUCGACAAGGAGGCCAUUCUGCAGUACAUUCUUACCAAGAAGAACGAAUACAGUCGCAAGUUAAAAGAAUACGAGCGCCUGCGUCGCAUCGAAGAAAAUGAAUUGACACAGGAAGCAAAUCAAAAACAACUGGCUCGCAUGGAGAAAUUCGUUAAUGCCGGGAAACCAACCACAACUCCUGCACACAAGCCAAGCGCAACACUGUCCAAACCCACAAAGCUGGAUGAUGCGCCCAGCACAUCGUCAUCAGCCAUUGCUGGCUCAAGCAGCUCCAUUUCCAACAUGGCCAAUGGACAUGAAACGAAGCUGCCAAGCUUUUGGCUACCCUCCGAGUGCCCCAAUGCUGGUGUAGCCAAAGCUAAGGCGCCAGAUUCCACGAUUUACUGUCCCGUCUCACAGCAGCCGCUUAGAGUCAAGGAUCUUAUCGAUGUAAAGUUUACGUUACUCAAGGAUGGGGACAACAAACGAUCGCUUAUCGCCAAGGAGGCACGCUACAUGUGCCCCAUUACACACGAUGUCCUCAGCAAUGCAGUUCCCUGUGCCGUGCUACGACCUACAGGCGAUGUGGUUACCAUGGAAUGCGUUGAAAAGCUUAUACGCAAGGACAUGAUACAUCCACUUACCGAUCGCAAGCUCAAGGACAAAGACAUCAUUCCACUGCAACGUGGCGGAACUGGUUAUUCGUUUACCAAUGACAAUCUGCAAGGCAAGGAGAAGCGGCCGAUGCUACAGGUUUAAAAUGCAAACAACUUUGUUUUCAUUUA